AGUAGCUGUCAAAUAACGCAAAGAGAGGUUAUUGUUAUUAUUUUUGUUUUGUGCUGUUUUUUAAUUUAAUAGAAAAUGGAAGAAGAGAAUUCUCUGUAUUACUCUCAUCAGAAAUUGCAGAAUUUAAUCGUAUCGAAUUCUGGAAAAAGACCAGAGGAAGUGGUAAUUAAAUUCUUCAGAGAAAGUAACUUUGCUCCAAUCCCUGACUUCCAAAAAGGUGCUGAAUGGUUUAAUGUUUCCAGGCCUCUAUCACUGGAAUCUGAAUUGAAAAGGAAGUUAGUUCUAUUGGAUUUUUUCACUUACUGCUGCAUCAAUUGUAUGCACAUUUUGCCUGAACUGAAGGAAAUUGAAGAAGAGUUCACUGUUGAUGAUGGAUUUGUUGUUGUUGGAGUACACAGUGCCAAAUUUGAAAAUGAAAAGUCUUCUGCUAAUGUGUUGAAUGCAGUGCAAAGGUAUAAUAUAAACCAUCCGGUUAUAAAUGACAAGAAUUCAGAGAUGUGGAGGCGGUGUGAGGUUCACUGUUGGCCUACUCUAUUGCUGAUUGGGCCAAAUAGGAAGCCGUUAGUAAUGAUGAUGGGAGAAGGACAUAAAGAGCAUAUGAGGCUGUACAUUAGUGCUGCAUUGGAAUGCUUCAAAGAUGAUGUAAGUAAAAAAGAUAUACCUCUACAUCUGUCUGCUCAUUUGAUUGGAGAUGCAAGCGACGUUGCUUCUCUCAAAUUCCCUGGAAAAGUAGCCUAUCAUAAUGGAGUGUUGGCAGUAUCAGAUUCCGGAAACAACAGAAUUCUAUUGAUAGAAAAUGGAAAAAUAAUUAAAAUUAUUGGUAACGGUGGUUUGGGUGGUCGCAAGGAUGGUACUUUAUCCGAGGCGAAAUUUAAUAAUCCUCAAGGAUUAACUUUCGCCAAAAACAAAGAUGUUAUUUAUGUGGCGGAUACAGAUAAUCAUGCCAUUAGAAAGAUCGAUCUGAUAAAGGGUUUAGUUACUACGGUUGCUGGACGUGGCGGUAUCCAAGGUAACGAUUAUAAGGGCGGAGCGAUUGGGGAGGAGCAAGUGAUUUCUUCUCCGUGGGACGUGGCCCUUUAUGGAAAUAUUCUAUUGAUAGCCAUGGCCGGAACCCAUCAAAUUUGGGGCUUGUUUAUCGAAGAGACUAAGUUCUGGAAAGGAAAGGUCUACGAGAAAGGAACGGUAGUUAACUUGGCAGGAAGCGGCCGCGAGGAAAACCGUAACAAUUCCUAUCCCGCCAAUGCCGCGUUUGCCCAACCUUCCGGGCUGACGAUCAACGAGGAGAAGGCUGAAAUGUACUUGGCCGAUAGUGAGAGUUCGGCUAUCAGGAAGGUGUCUUUAUUAGAUGGCAAGGUCUCAGCUGUUGUGGGUGGCGAUAGGAACCCAAGUGACUUAUUCGCUUUCGGUGAUGUGGAUGGAGUUGCUUUCAAUGCCAAACUGCAACACCCAUUAGGCGUGGCUUACGCUUCCGGAGAGGUGUACGUUUGUGACACGUACAACCACAAAAUUAAGAUAAUCGACGUGGAACAGAAUUCCGUGCGUACUUUAUCCAAUUUGGGGACGUUCAAUGAACCUGGUGGCAUUUGUGUUGGAAACAAUGACGAAAUCUACGUGGCCGAUACGAACAAUCAUUGCAUCAAGCGCAUCAAACAUAAGAGCAAUGUCGAGAUUCUGAAGUUUGAUAUGGAGACCUCCAUCGAUGGUAAAGUAAAACGCGAUACAGUAUUAUUAAUCCGUGACAAAGUCAUGGUCAACUCGAACGAUGGGCGUAUCGAAUUGAAGCUUAUCCUAGAUUUUGUCGGGGGGUUGACUCUGACCGCGAACGCCCCGAACAAAUGUACACUCGACAUGAAAUCCAAGCAGAUUUCCGGUUCCGCCACGAGCGACAGUCAAGUUGCAUUUUCCACAUUUAUCAUGAAAUGCAACGGGAACGCAGGCGACGAUUAUAUCGACGUCAAUUAUAAUUUGAUCACCUGCAUGGGUGAUAUCUGUCUUCCGAAACGGUUCGUCGUCAGGCAACCCAUCGAACUGGGAAACAAAUUCCCUGAGAUGGUGAGCUGUUCCGCCAAAGUCGAGAUCUCUAUGAACGAUUUCAAAUUGUUAUGAUGUCAUUUGAAAGUUUUAUAUUGUUAAUUUAUUAACUUGAAAUCUAUAUAUUUUAUGGA